CUCGAGCUGCUUGGCUAACGCUAACAAAAUGGCAGCAUUCUUACAGUGGAGAAAAUUUGUCUUCUUUGAUAAAGACACGGUGAAGGAUCCUGUGGACAAUGGCAAAAACUUCGUUCUUCCAAGCGGAAUAUCGACUUGUGACUCCGGCCGGGGUCACGUCGUUCUUGGAGAUAUGGAAGGAAAGAUCUGGCUUAUGACGCGCUCCCUUCAGUUGACGUUUUUUCAGGCCUACAAGUUGCGGGUAACACACCUUUACCAGCUGAAGCAGCACAGCAUCCUCGUAUCAGUGGGGCAGGAUGAACAAGGAAUAAACCCUCUAGUAAAGGUCUGGAACCUAGACAAGAGAGACAGUGGAAAUCCUCUCUGCACAAGGAUUUUUCCUGCAAUUCCUGGCAACAAACCGACUGAAGUGUCUUGUCUCAGUGUACACGAGAACCUCAACUUCAUGGCCAUUGGCUUCACAGAUGGCAGUGUGGUUUUGACCAAAGGUGAUAUCACCAGAGACCGUCACAGUAAAACUCUGACUCUGCACGAGGGAAGCAGCCCAGUCACGGGCCUCGCCUUCCGCCAAGUGGCAAAGGUCACACAUCUGUUUGUUGCCACUCUGGAGAAGGUCCACUGCUACACCCUGUCCAUCAAGGAGUAUCCGAAAGUAGAGCUGGACACGCACGGCUGUGCCCUGCGCUGCUCCUCCCUGGCAGAUCCCUCCCAAGAUUCCCAGUUCAUCGUGGCUGGUGAUGAAUGCGUGUACCUGUACCAGCCUGAUGAGCGAGGGCCCUGCUUUGCCUUCGAUGGGCACAAGUUGUUGGCGCACUGGCACCGUGGAUAUUUGUUUUUACUCAUCAGGGAUGCAAAGUCACCCAACAAGUCGGGGUUUGGCAGCAGGGAGAGCUCUCCGUCAGAGAAACAGCUCCUGACCAUCUAUGACCUGGACAACAAGUUCAUCGCAUACAGUGCCUCUUUUGACGAUGUCAUCGAUGUCGUGGCAGAGUGGGGCUCCUUCUACAUCCUGACCAGAGACGGGAAAAUGUUUGUCCUUCAGGAGAAAGACACGCAGACCAAACUGGAGAUGCUGUUUAAAAAAAACCUGUUUGUGAUGGCCAUAAACCUGGCUAAGAGCCAGCACCUGGACAGUGACGGGCUGUCAGAGAUCUUCAGACAGUACGGUGAUCACCUCUACCUUAAAGGAGACCACGACGGUGCCAUCCAACAGUACAUUCGCACCAUUGGAAAACUGGAGCCAUCGUACGUCAUCAGGAAGUUCCUGGACGCGCAGAGGAUCCACAACCUGACAGCUUAUCUGCAAGCCCUGCACAGGCAGUCUCUGGCUAAUGCUGACCACACCACGCUGCUGCUGAACUGUUACACCAAGCUGAAGGACAGCUCCAAGCUGGAGGAGUUCAUUAAGAGCAGUGAAAGUGAAGUCCACUUUGACGUUGAAAUCGCCAUCAAGGUUCUUCGGCAGGCGGGCUAUCACAGCCACGCUGUUUUCUUGGCUGAGAAACACAUGCAUCAUGAAUGGUACCUGAAGAUCCAGCUGGAGGACCUCAAGAACUACCAGGAAGGGUUACGUUACAUCGGACGUCUGCCCUUCGAACAAGCUGAGAGCACCAUGAAACAUUACGGCAAGACGCUGAUGCACCAUGUUCCCGAAGGUACCACUCUGCUCCUGAAGGGCUUAUGCACCAACUACCAACCCAGCGGAGACAUUGCUGAAAAAGACAGCCCCGAGAGGAGUCGGGUCAAUAAGGCAAACUCUGAGGAAUUCAUCCCAAUAUUUGCCAACAACCCUCGGGAGCUGAAAGCCUUCCUGGAGCACAUGAUCGAGGUGGAUCCCCGUUCUCCUCAGGGUGUGUACGACACACUGCUGGAGCUGCGGCUGCAGGACUGGGCUCAUGAAAAGGACCCAGAGAGAAAAAAGGUCCUGCAGGGGGAAGCUGUGUCGCUGCUGAGGAGUGACAACACUGUGUUUGAUAAGGCCCUGGUCCUCUGCCAGAUGCACAACUUCAAAGAAGGCGUCCUCUACCUUUAUGAGAAGGGCCAACUGUACCAGCAGAUCAUGCACUACCACAUGCAGAAUGAGGAGUAUGGAAAAGUGGUAGAGGCCUGCAAAAGCUACGGGGACAAAGAGGGCUGCCUCUGGGAGCAGGCGCUGGGAUACUUUGCCAGAAAAGAAGAGGACUGCAAGGCCUACAUCAGUGAGGUCCUGCAUCACAUCGACCAAAACAACCUGAUGCCUCCGCUACUCGUGGUGCAGACCCUGGCACACAACUCCACGGCCACGCUCUCCGUCAUCAAGGACUACCUCAUCAACAAGCUGCAGAGGGAGAGCCAGCAGAUAGAGGACGAUGAACGCAAGAUCCGCCAGUACCGUGAGGAAACAGCUCACCUCCGCUCUGAGAUCCAGGAGCUCAAAACAAGUGCCAAGAUAUUCCAGAAGACCAAAUGCAACAUGUGCAACAGUCCCUUGGAGCUGCCGUCUGUUCAUUUCCUGUGCAGCCACUCCUUCCACCAGCACUGUUUCGAAAGCUAUGCUGAGAGCGAGGCCGAGUGCCCGACCUGCACUCCAGAGAACCGUAAAGUCAUGGACAUGCUCCGUGCCCAGGACCAGAAACGCGACCUGCACGACCACUUCAACAGACAGUUACGCAGCUCUAAUGAUGGUUUCUCAGUCGUGGCCGACUAUUUUGGUCGAGGGGUGUUUAACAAACUGACUCUGGUCACCGACCUGCCCGGCAACAAAACUGUUGGGAGUCUAGAAGUCAACCUGCAGAGAGACCUUCUCAUCCACACCAAGAGAAACUGCUAGAAAACUCAGCUUGUGAUUAUGGUCUGAAUCCUACCCCGAGCGGGCGCUUUGCGUCCGGCUUUGACCACAUGCUUUACUGCACGGGGCGCCACUUUGUUUGGCAGCGAAUGCAUUUGCCUGCUUUUAGUACCUGUGGUGGACCUAUUAGCAUAAUUGUGUUCCUAGUCUGAGUCAUGAUUCACUGGAGACUGUAUAAAUGUACGUUUACUUUAAAACAAGUCUUAAAACCUUGCUGAAUCACACCUUGGAGAAUUUUGAUUCAGUGUGUUUGCUUGAACUCAUGUAACCUUGCACAUAACACUCAAAUAUAGUUCAACCGUCUGCCAUUAAUAAAGUUAUUUGAUGUCCGUCACUCUAACUUGAGGAGUAAAAGAGUGAUUAAAGUCCUUAUUGAGUGUAUUUCUUUGAUGUAGCGUUGUCUCUUGGCUUUAUUGGUUUUGCAGAGAAUUGUCUGCCAGUGUAGAUCUUUAAAGAUACACGGAACUUUUCAAUGACAUCGACUAUCACAUCAGAAUAUAUUACAUUACGUUACACUAUACAGUACACCCACCCUGACCAAUCUGCAGCUAUACAACCCCCGUAUGAAGCAGGGUGUAAUGUGACGCAUGACCGUCGCAGACCAGUGAGUCUCACUCAUUUGGAGACACUGACCCAGUUGUCUUCUGCUCAUGUCUCCUGCAUCCAACACGUGGACUGCGAGAACCGACUGUUCACCUGCUAUCUAACCUAAUCAAUAAAUCCCAGAGCCCGACAUGUGCUGUUGUUAAAGAUAAUCUGUUAUUCUCUUCAUCUGUGAGUGGUUGUUAUGUUAUUUGCACUGAUGCUACAGCCUCUGUACGAAAACAGCCUGUAAACCACCUGUUCUGUGAUGCUCCAGCUUACACUGAGCAGUGCGGACUCAGUAUUUUUGUUGGUAGAACCUUUUGUUAAGAAGCUGACGUUCCUCCACUUUGUAGUGUGAGGGACGUGAGAUGUAGUGUGCAUGGAACCGGUGCCACCUGGUCUUUGUAAUUUUCUAUGCACCUUUCAGAUGCUAAUGGGGAGAAUUUUUGAUGAUCAAAGUUUCCAGUCACUGCAUAUGUGUCUUAAUGAUGUGUUUGUUCUCUCGUCCUCUUUUGAGCUGUAUUAACAAAGGCUGGAGAUGAUACUGCAGAACCUCCAGGAAAACUUGGGUUGUGUUUCACGCUAUCAUUUUUUUGUGUUGUAAAAAAUGAACUGUUAAUAAAUAUCAUAACACAUAA